GGGGUGAGAGGAUUCACCAGAGAUGGUGGGGAGCAGAACAGGCGGAUAUACUGAGAUACCCUGCUGUGGGGAGCAGUGGGUGAGAGAGGAGAGGUCUGCUGCGCCAUGUGGGUUAGCCCCCUGGCAGGGAUCAAAGUCCUGUCAAUGACUGGAAAUUGCUUUAUAGUGCUGAGACUUUAACCCCUGCACCAACAGGGAGGCCCUAAUGUUUUACAUUUUAAGUUAGUUUUGUAAUAGUUAAAACAUAACACAUGGUACAAAAUUCAGAUGUCAUAGAGGGAUUUGCAGUGAGAGUUGCCUUCUCUGUUACCCCCAGCCCUGCAUUCCUUCUUCAGAGGUGCCUUGUUCUCAGGGAUCGAACUCAUGCUGCAGAGGCUGAGGAUAGCUUCAUAGUGCUGUGCUUAACACCCCCAGGGAGGCCCAGAAAGCUUUAUUUUAAUAGCAUCCUAAUCUUGUUUCAUGAAUGUAAUGUGCCUCCUUCUAUCUCCAAAGUGGGCUCUCUGUGCUGAUCCGUGUGCGCCUGGAGAUGCGGCAGCACCAGCGUGCCCGCCACACCAUCCCGCAGAUCUUCCAGGCGGUAGCACAGCGACACCCUGAGCGCCUGGCACUGGUAGAUGCGGGCAGCGGUGUGUGUUGGACCUUCAAGCAGCUGGAUGCCUACUCCAAUGCCGUGGCCAACCUCUUCCUCCAGCUGGGCUUCUCACCGGGUGACGUGGUGGCCAUCUUCCUGGAGGGCCGGCCUGAGUUCGUGGGCCUGUGGCUAGGCCUGGCCAAGGCAGGAGUGGAGGCCGCGCUGCUCAAUGUUAACCUGCGUCGCGAGCCCCUGGCCUUCUGCCUGGGCACGUCAGGUGCCAAGGCCCUGGUCUUCGGAGGGGAGCUGAUUGCUGCAGUGGCUGAGGUGAGUGGACAACUGGGGAAGAGCCUGCUCAAGUUCUGCUCUGGAGACCUGGGGCCUGAGGUUGUCUUGCCAGACACUCAACUUCUGGACCCCCUGCUGAAAGAGGCCUCCACAGCACCUCCAGUACCACCCCCAGGCAAGGGCAUGGACGAUCGACUCUUCUACAUCUACACUUCAGGGACCACAGGGCUGCCCAAGGCUGCCAUCGUCGUACACAGCAGGUACUACCGCAUUGCUGCCUUCGGCCACCAUGCCUACAGCAUGCGGGCAGCAGAUGUGCUGUAUGACUGCCUGCCCCUAUACCACUCGGCAGGGAACAUCAUGGGUGUGGGGCAGUGUCUCAUCUACGGGCUCACUGUAGUCCUCCGCAAGAAGUUCUCAGCCAGCCGCUUCUGGGAUGACUGCGUCCAGUACGACUGCACGGUGGUCCAGUACAUUGGGGAGAUCUGCCGCUACCUGCUGAAGCAGCCAGUGCGCGAAGCGGAGAGCCAGCACCGUGUGCGCCUGGCUGUGGGCAACGGGCUGCGGCCAGCCAUCUGGGAGGAGUUCACCGAGCGUUUCAGAGUGCGCCAGAUCGGCGAGUUCUACGGGGCCACAGAGUGCAACUGCAGCAUUGCUAACAUGGACGGGAAGGUUGGCUCCUGUGGCUUCAACAGCCGCAUCCUGCCCCAUGUGUACCCCAUCCGGCUGGUGAAGGUCAAUGAGGAUACCAUGGAGCUACUUCGGGAUGCCCAGGGCCUCUGCAUUCCAUGCCAGACUGGGGAGCCGGGACUCCUGGUGGGCCAGAUCAACCAGCAGGACCCAUUGCGACGCUUUGAUGGCUACAUCAGCGAGAGUGCCACCAGCAAGAAGAUUGCCCAUAGUGUCUUCCGCAAGGGAGACAGUGCCUACCUCUCAGGUGAUGUGCUAGUGAUGGAUGAGCUGGGCUACAUGUACUUCCGGGACCGCAGCGGGGACACCUUCCGCUGGCGGGGGGAGAAUGUCUCCACCACUGAGGUGGAGGGCGUGCUCAGUCGCCUGCUGGGCCAGACAGACGUGGCUGUGUAUGGGGUGGCUGUGCCAGGAGUAGAGGGCAAAGCAGGCAUGGCCGCCAUCGCAGAUCCCCAUGGCCAGCUGAGCCCCAAUGCGUUGUACCAGGAGCUGCAGAAGGUACUGGCACCCUACGCCCGGCCCAUCUUCCUUCGUCUCUUGCCUCAAGUGGACACUACAGGCACCUUCAAGAUCCAGAAAACUCGAUUACAGCACGAGGGCUUUGACCCAGGCCAGACCUCGGACCGACUCUUCUUCCUGGACCUGAAGCAGGGCCACUACCUGCCGCUGGACCAGGGUGUCUACACCCGCAUCUGCUCAGGCGCCUUUGCCCUCUGACACUCCUCCCCUGUGUGCUGAAACCUCUCAGUUGGGCCCAUUGGGGGGUGGCCGGGGAGCCUGACAGCCCUGCCCCAUCCUGGGGUGGAGAAACAAUCCCAGAGGAGCCUGCACCUCCCCCUGCUUCAUUCCUCUCUCCCACUUCCCUGUCCCCCACACCCCCAACUCCUGGGGUGCCCUGCCCUGCCUGUCUUCCUGCUCCCAAGUCGGUGUCUGUCUGUGCAUCUUUCUUUCCUGCUAGUCCCUGCUGCUCACAUCUGUCCUCUUUUCCUCCUCUUCCUUCUCCAUCUUCUGCCAGAAUGGAGCAGACAUUUCCUGGGAGCUUGGCAAUUGCCAGUCCUGGUGCCCCUGGGGAUGACCCAGGAGACCUAGAGUGGGGCCUCCCUCUCCUUUCAGCUGUGCCUUCAGGAGCCCCUAUCCAGGCCUCCCUAGGCCACUGGGCUCCAGGAUGUUGUAGCCCUGCGUGAGCUUCAGGCAGGCGCUCUGCCCUCCCUCCUGAACUAAGAGCAAGGGGUGGUCUGCCAGGCUCACCCAGGUUGGGGUGGGGAAUCAGCAGGGCGUGUCCAGGUCAGCUGGAAAUCCUCUCAACUGGGCCAAUAACCUUGUGCACUCCCUGACCCUGAUGGGUCUCCCCUGCCCUGCCUGCCCUUCCUGAUAUCCCAGAAGCUUCCAGAAUUGACUUGUGACCACUGGAUGUCAUCCAUGCCAAACGUCUCAGGGCCCUGGACACUGUGCUGUGUGCUGCUCAGCCUGCCACUCAGAUGGCACUGUCCUUGGAAGAGGCCUCUUGGUGUCCCCCUCCAGCAUGGCUGCUGGUGGGACCCAUGAGAAUGUCAGUGUGAAGUAGGGGGUGGUCUCCUGCCUGGGGAUGGAAUCUGAGGUCAGGGCCUCCAGCCCAUUGAGCGUCCCUCCUGACCUUGCUAGUGACAAUUCAGCCUGUGAUGUGGUGACCACUCAGACAACUCUCCUGGGGUGAUUUGGAUGUCCUUGGUGACCCUUGGUGGCUCAUCCCACAGUCAAAAUGUUGGGGCUAGCCACCCCAUCCAACCCUCCCUCAUGCAGCACCAUCUAGCCCCUUAAGUAGUGGGGACAAGUAGCAAGUGGCUAUACAGGCCUAUCCAAGCACGGAGGUUUUGUCUCCUAGUUGAGUUUUAAAAAAUAAACCUGCUGAGCAUCCGGGGCCUAAUGGGAGCACAGCCAUUUACUUUUAGUCCCCGUGUGGCAUGGAAGCCUUCCAGGGGUUCAGCAGGACCCUCACCUAGGACACAUACUUGCCAUACACACAUCACGCUCUGCCUUUUCUCACUGUUUCCUGUUGCCUGUCAGCCCACCUUCAAGACCUUGGGGACUAGGACAAGUACCUUAGUGCUCUCACCACUUCCCUGCAGCCUGCAGUCUCAGGAAGCACCACCUCAAUCUGCCUGUGGGUUGUGGCAGGUGCUCAGGAUGGCCCAGAGCAGAGGAUGUUCCCUGGCACUUCUGGCUGCCCCAGAAGGGUGUCUCUGUGUGUAAGGAGCCAGCAGGUGGGGCCAGAGAUUUGGGUAACAGUUCUGGACCUACAACAGUGACUGUCUGAGUUGGGACUCAAAGUCGGGACAUGAAGCUCUGGAUUCUAUGCUCAGCUGUCACCUGCUGCUCCCCACGCCUUCCAUGCUGGAAUGUUUGCACUUCAAGAAAGUGGAGCAUCUGCUGGAAGGGGAGGACGCCGGACCAUGGGGUGAAGGCAUAGACAGGCCUCCUCUGCCUCAACGGUGGAUGAGCCAUCCAUGUCCGAGCUUGUCCUUGGACUCCUGUGGUCUGCAAGGAGGGGGGUGCAGGUGGAGAAGCAGCCAGCCGUGGCUCAUGGGUAUGGUGUGCCCUGCUGUGCCAAAUAAACAAGUGCAUCCUGAUAAUGCCCCUUUAGAAGUCACCUACAGACCACCUGUGGAGGGGUCAUCAUGGUCCCUGUUGUAAUGAUAAGGAAACUGAGGCACAGGGUGGGGGUGUGUGUGAAGAUACUGAGGGAGUGCUUGGUGAGAAAGUGGCCCAGCAGGGACCUUCCUUGCCCCAAAGCCUGUGACUCCAGCUGUUACAGCUUAAGAAAUUAGCUCUGGAUCCUGAUGAUUCUUAGGUCUGAUCCCCAUGUUCUUUUAAAAAUUAAUUGAUUAAUUAGAGCAGUUUUUGCUUUAUAGAAACAUGAGGGGACUGUACAUGGAGUUCCCAUCAACCCUGUCCCCAGGCACCUCAGCUCCGGGUAGAUACAUUAGUUUGCCAUUUGUUGCAAUUGCUGAGCUGAUAGCAAUAUGUUCUCAAGUGCUGCACUGACAAAAGAGUUCACUCUGUGUUAUUUGUUCAUGGACUGGCAAAUACAACAUCACAUAAUACUUGCACUGCCCUAAAAUUCCCUGGCUCCACCUCUCUGUAUCUUCUCCUGGAACCCCUGGUAACCACUAAUCUUUGCACCAUCUCUAUAGUUAUGCAUUUUCCACAAUGCGUGCACUUGCAAUCACACAAUGUGUAGCCUUUCAGACCAGCUUCUUUCACUUAGCAAGAGGCACUGAGGGUCCCCCCAUGCCUUUUUUUCAUAGCUCUAUUUUUUUAAUGCUAAAUGAGAAGCCCUGUGACUUGCCCCCCAGAACCCUCAUAAAUCAGGAGGAAAGCUGGCAUCAGAAAGCACACUGUCCUGAACCUCUCCUUUGUGGAGGGUCUUAGGAGUGUAGAGAAAGGACUUUUGUAUCUGUGACCUGGGAAGAGAAACUUGCCCCAGUGAGGCAUGUUGGACAGUGCUCUAUGAGAGGCAGGGACGUGUGAGGGACAAGGAAGGAGCAGCAGUUUCCAGAGGAAUGGGGUAGAGAUGAGAGCCUUUGAAGGAGGGGCAGCUUCAGACUGGGCCCCUUCCUCUUGCCCUACCCUGUUCCAGCAGGGAGGUCACCUGUGGGAAGAGUCCAGGCUCUUUGGUCUGCCCUGCCAUCCUGCAGGCUCCUCCUUCAACUGGUUUCCAGGUUGGCUGACUCCCGUGCCUUUACCCCUACUGCCUCUGGUGCCUGAACUGUCACUCCUCCCUGUGCCUGGGCGACUCCUACAGAUGUGAUAAUUGAGAUGUCACUCACAUACUGUGAAAUCCACCCUUCUAAAAUUGUAUGACUCUGCAGCUUUUAGUAUAGUGUCGUACAACCAUCUCAUCUAUCUAGUUCCAGAACAAUAAAUAAUCCCAUUGCAUCUCCUCCGGCUCCUGACAACCACUAAUCUACUUUCUGUUUCCAUGGAUUUGCGUGUUCUGGAUAUUCCAUAUAAAUGAAUUGUACAGGAUGUGGGCUUUUGUGUCUGGCAUCUUUCAUUCAGCUUGAUAUUAAGAAUCAUCUGGGUUACAGUUCAUUCCUUUUCAUGGCCAAAUACUAUUUAUUAGAAUGGAGUACCAUAUUACAAACUUUCACUAGUUGAUGGACAAUGAGUUAUUCCCACAUGUUUUUGUGUGUACAUAUUUUUAAUUCUCUUGGUUAUGAAAAUAGGUUAUGUGUUAAGAUAACAUAACUUAGCACAGUUUGAGGAACCACCAGACUGUUUUCCAAAUGACUGCCAUUUUAUAUUCCCACCACUAGCAGUACAUGCUGGAGUUCCAGUUUCCCUCAUCCUCACUGGUACUUACCUAUAUUUAAAAAAAAAUUCAUUCUAUGGGCCUCCCCAGUGGCGCAGCGGUUGAGCGCUGGGUUGCGAGGCUGCCCGAAGCCUCUGUGGCGCCGGUUCUAUCCCCGGCUGCUCCCCGGCAACUGGAGGAGGGUCUCACAUGGCGUGCAGACCUCUCCUGCCGCCCGCUGCUCCCCUCUGCAGUGUACUUCAGUCCUUCUGCCUGCUCUGCUCCCCGCUCUGGCUCUGGUGAAUUCUCUCACCCUCCUGCGCUUCUGACUGUACCCAGUGCUUGUAUAAAUAAAUAAAUCUUUAAAAAAAAAAAGUCAUUCUAGUAGGUGCGAGGUGAUACCUCAUUGUGUUUUUUUUUUAAAGAUUUAUUUAUGCAUAUAAGAACUGGGGUACAGGCCAGAGGUGUGGGGGAUGAGAGGAUUCACCAGAGACAGAGCGCGGAACAGAACAAGCAGACUGAAUGAAAUAUACUGCUGAGGGGAGUAGCAGGCGAGUCACAAAUACACUGCUGUGCCAUGUGGGUAGCUCCCUGGCUGGGGAUCAAAUUCGUGCUGCCAAUAGCUUCAUAGGUUGAGUCUUAACUCCUUGCACCACCAGGGAGGCCCCUCAUUGUGGUUUUGAUUUGCAUUUUCUUGAUGGCCAAUGAGCAGCCCACCUUUUCAUCUACUUAUCAGCCAUGUGUAUAUCUUCCUUGGAGAAAUGUCUAUUCAGAACCCCUGCCCAUUUUAAAAUUAGGUUGUCUUUUUAUUGAGUUAUGAGAGUUCUUAAUAUAGUCUGUACACUGCACCCUUAUAUAUGAUUUGUGAUUUUCUCUGUCCAGUGGGCUAUCUUUUCACUUGGUAUUAUUUGAAAUAC